AGUGUACACUUUGGCUCUGUUGUUGCUUUGUAAUUUGACCUGUGAUCCCAACAACUGUAGUAAAGCUCAACGAAAUGUCAAGUCACAGUGCUUCAUGCUCAAGUGACAUUUCAGUCGACGUAACCGAUGCCUUUCGAAGUAUCAUAUGAUACUGAAUAAGCGUUUCGUGUUGUGGGAUGAUUUUGAUAUCGCCUUAAAAGAGUUCCAAGAAGUAUGGAAUUAUAAUUUUAUCGCUUCUCAGACUACUUAUACUCGUUACAUCCACACAGAAAGCAGAUUGCUGAAGGAUGUCAGGUUCAAAUACCUGUUUGUAUCGUUUAAUUGUACGUUUGGUCAUAGACGGAAAUCGGAAGAUUUGAAAGUCUAAAUUCCGUGUAAGACUUGAGGAGCAAGGAUAUGUCAUCAAAUCCUACAACAUGCUCCACAAUCAUCCAUGUAGUAGUUCAUGGAUGGUAUUUGAUCCAUGGACAAGGAGAUUAUCGUCAGAAGAAAAGGAGAACUUGAAGCCCGUAAUACUUCACUGUGAGUCAGCAGAUGAAGUUAUCGAAAAUAUUAAGGAGAGAACUGGUAAGCAAGUAACUGCUGCCGAUGUCAAAGGUAUGAAAGCUGCACUCUCCACUGGUUGUUUUACUCGGAAGCAGGUAAUGGAUAUGCUUAGACAGAAAGGUGAAGUGAAGGAACAUUUAGAAAAUGGAUAUGCCACUAGAAUAUGUGUCAAUAUCCCUGCCGUCACAUGCUACUUGCCUACGUUAAAAGACGAAAUCUUACAGCUCAUCAACUUCUUAGGUAUUGUAGCAGAUGGAAGUUACAUAAUACCCAGAACUUCCAAAAUAAUACAUUAACUGCAUUACCACGACGGAGUGAAGUGUAUAUAAGUAUUCAACGAAGCCAAAGAAUCCAUAAGCAUCGCAUCAUUGAGAAAUAUGGUGAACGUUUCGCAACGGAAGUUGAGAAGAAAGUGGACAAUUAUUACUUAAGAAUUCUUAAUACCAACUUGUAAACUUGAUUUUCUGCUUUAGCAGCAAUGAUUAUUCAAUAAACUUUCAUAAUUUUAA